AUGGCGUCCUGGUACUCGAGCAUCGUCACCAAGACGUCGUCGCAAAUAUCCUCGCUGCGCUCCACGCUCCUCUCCGGCGAGGCCGACGGCGACACCGAGGACGACACGCAUGUCUGUCGCGUCCUCCGCAACUACUACACCGACAAGGGCCGCCCGCUGCCCGGCUGGCUGCCCGCCGACCCCAAGGCCGCCCAGCCCCCGCCCCAGACGCUCUACGCCCAGGCGCCGCUCGGCGCCCGCUACGGCGGCCUCAGCAACGCCCCCAGCGGCGGUGUGCCGGGCCCGGCCGGCAGCAGCAGCGGCCUCGCGAGUCUCUGGGACAGCGGGCCCGGCCAGCAGGCAGCGCCUCCUCCUCCGCAGAGCCUGCGCGCAGGACGGCCGCCGCCGCCGGCCGCUGGCGGCAUGCUGCACCCACACGGCGGGAGGGAAGACGUGGCCGCGAGACCGCUGCCGAGUCAGCGCUCCGGCAGCUAUCAGAGCGUAGGCAGCAGCCAGGGCGGGGGAGCGGCAGGUGGUGGUGGCGCGACGGCGCAGGAUAGGCUGAAGCAGAGGCUCUGGGGCGGGGCCAGGUCGGCGAGCCCAGCGGCGCAGAACCAGAACCCGUACGGUGCGCCGCCGCCGUCGCAGGCUGCUGGAGGGGCAGGCCAGUACGAUGGUCGAGGCGUGGGGUACGGUGGUGGUGGUGAUCCGUAUGGGAGAGGGCCGCCGCCGGGUGCGCAGCAGCGGCAAGGUCUUCCUAGCGGCCCGAGAGGGUAUAGGUGA